AUGCCUGCCAAAGCCGCUGACAAGAAGCCGAGCUCGACCGCCGGCAAGGCGCCUGCUGCUGCCAAGAAGACGACGGCGGCGAAGAAGACGGCGUCCAAGACGGCGCCUGCUGAUGGCAAGAAGAAGCGCAAGACGACGCGCAAGGAGACCUACAGCACCUACAUCUACCGAGUGCUCAAGCAAGUCCACCCUGACACGGGUAUCUCCAACAAGGCGAUGUUGAUCCUCAACUCGUUCGUCAACGACAUCUUUGAGCGGAUUGCCUCCGAGGCCUCCAAGCUCGCGCUGUACAACCGCAAGUCGACCAUCAGCUCGCGCGAGAUCCAGACCGCCGUCAGACUCAUCCUGCCCGGCGAACUGAGCAAGCACGCCAUCAGUGAAGGAACGAAGGUGCCGAGCCGGGUUUCCAAGCGUGGCGUAUCGAUGCUGACUUUGCGUGCGCUUCCAGGGUGUCACAAAGUUCUCGUCGGCAAAGUAGGCGCUCAACCGUGUCGACCGUAUUUUCGAGCUUCUCGUUGUGUCUUUCAUUGUAUGCCAUCGGCUUCCAUUCACCUUUGGGCGGCAAUGCCAUCCCAUGCGCACGCUUGCGGUGACGACUGCGGCCAUGCGCACGAUGAUGACGCCCACAUUCGACCCGAGGACGGCGAAAAGGACUUUCUCUGGGGCCGUAUCGAUCGAGACGGUGUCGUUGCUCUCAACGAGAGCGUCGAAGGCUCAGGCAAGCUCGUCAUCAAGCCUUUUGAUCGGCGCAACGACGAGCAAGAGUGUGUCGAGAGUGACGCAGAUGAGCAACUCAUCCUUCGCAUCCCCUUUACGGGCGCCGUCAAACUUCGAUCGAUCCUCAUCAAGCCAGGCGGCUCGGGACAGUGCCCCGACAAGAUGCAUAUCUUUGUGAACGAGUCACUCGACUUUGAUCAGGCCAGUGAACGCGAGCCGGUACAGACUGUCGAGAUUGUGUCUAGCCGGAGCACGAUCGAGUACCCCGUCAGACCGGCAAAGUAUCACUCUGUACAAUCCUUGACGCUCUUCUUUCCCUCCAAUCAUGGCGACGAGACCACUCGAAUCUACUUUGUCGGCUUUCGCGGUGAAUACACCCAGCUCUCGAGAGAGGCCAUCAACUUUGUCUAUGAAGCUCAGGCUAAUCCGGCAGACCAUCUCAAGAUCAAGGGCAUCGACGCGGGCCCUUCCUACGCGGGCACUUAG